CAGCACAGAAGGUCCCUGGAGGAGAGGGCGAGCUGGGGUUUGCCUGUCGCACACCCCGUCCCCCCCAGCACUGACACGACCAGGCCGGGAGCCAGGAAGCGGCACGCACCCAGCAGAUGUCCCUGCCGUGCAGCUGUUGCUCGCAUGUGACCGGCUGCACCGGGUUUGCGCUUAGUCCUAGUGCCCCGAGGCGCGCCGGGGCGGGCUCCUGUUGCUUUCGGAUCGUUCGGUAAGUGGCGGCUCCUCCGAGCGGCGCCUCCCAGGCCGGAGCGGGGCUGCCCCCCGCCCCCGGCGCCGAGUCACUCGCGCGGGCGGGCGGGAAAAGGAGGCGCCCUCCAGCGCCGGCCCCGCAUGCACCGCGCCGAGCUGCAGCUGCGCCCCGCAGGCGGGAGGGGGUCCCUCUCUCGGGCCCCAGGAGCAGCGCCUGUCGCGGCUCCCCGUCCCCAGCCCGGGCAGCCUCCUCUGGGAAAGAGAGCAGCAGGCGGGCGGCGGCAGCGAGCAGCCACGGCGGGGCCCUCUGGCGCCUACAGCGACCCCGGCGCAGGCCGGCAGCGUGCUCGGGCACCAGCAGGUACAUCCAGCGCGCUGCAUGCUGCUCCCGAGGCAACGUACAGCAGCCGCUGUCCCCAGCCCGCUCCGCUUUGGGUUCUGCCCUUCCCCGCCCUAAAUACCGUGUGGGGUCGGACUCCUUCUCUAGCGCUCGCGGAGCGGCGCUUCCUCGCGCGCCCGCACAUCCUGCCUUAGAAUUCCACUACUAUGCAGUGAAAGGAAUCUUCAUUCCUGGGAACUGAAACUGGUGGAUUAUUCCUGGCUCCCUUGAUGAUUAUAAAAUGGAGCCCCUAUCAUUCAAAGUUAAAAAACUUCAAGCACCCACUGAUAUCUCAGUGGAUUUUAGUCUCCAGCUUGUUGGUUCUCUGCCAGUGCAUUCUCUAACCACCAUGCCAGUGCUGCCUUGGAUUGUGGCAGAGAUUCGGCGGCUCAGUAUGCUGUCUUCCAUGGAAGAAUCUAGCACCAGCCAAAUCCGGCUUUAUGUUUCACCAGCAAGCCUGCGAUGUGGACUAGACACAGGGAAAAGCCAACAGUGGGAUCCUUUGAUUUGUUCCAGCCUGUUUGAGUAUAAGCCACAGCAUGUCCACAAACUGAUUCACAAUAGCCACGAUCCAAGCUACUUUGCUUGUCUGAUAAAGGAUGGAGCAGUAAAUCAGCAAAGUAUCUGUUAUGUAUUCAGAGCUGCUGAUCAAACAAAAGUGCCUGAGAUUAUUAGCUCCAUUCGACAGGCUGGAAAAAUCGCUCGCCAAGAAGAGUUUCAGAAUAAUCUAUCUGAAGUUGAAGACCCUUUUUCCAAAAAGUUUGAGGUGUUGUUCUGUGGACGAGUGACAGUAGCACACAAAAAUGCACCCCCAGCACUAAUAGAUGAAUGUAUCGAAAAAUUUAACCAUGUUAGUUGUACCAAAAAAUUGGAAUUUAAUUCAUUGUCCCAACAACGUGAAACUGCCAAUAAUUCCGGAGGAUUAUCAUUCAGUGAUAAAUUGCGAUCUGUUUUCCAACCCUUGGUCAGUGAAGAAGAAGAGAAAAGGCCAAUUAGGAAAUCUUAUUCUCAGCCUGGGCUGCGUUCCUUUUCUUUUAAGAGGGACUUUCAAGAUGGGAGUUGCAGGAGUAACAGUUUUGCCAGCUCUUUUGAUGAAACUGAGACUUCGCUGAACCUAAAACGUCAACUUAGCUAUGGACACAACGUCGUGCAGCCAACAGAUAUUGCAGGAAACCGGACUAUGUUAUUCACGAUUGGGCAGUCUGAAGUUUACCUCAUCAGUCCUGACACGAAAAAAGUAGCACUUGAGAAAAGCUUCAAGGAAAUAUCAUUUUGCUCUCAGGGUAUUAGACAUGUGGACCACUUUGGGUUCAUCUGUAGAGAGUCGUCAGGAAAUGGUGACUGCUACUUUGUCUGCUACGUGUUUCAGUGCACAGAUGAAGCCCUGGUUGAUGAAAUCAUGAUGACUUUGAAACAGGCUUUCACUGUAGCUGCUGUUCAACAAACCUCCAAAGCUCAGCUCCAACUUUGCGAGGGAUGCCCUAUGCAAUGCCUGCAUAAACUCUGUGAAAAGAUUGAAGGACUACAACCUUCUAAAGCUAAACUAGAACUCCAAAAGCAUCUAACAACACUAAAUAACCAGGAGCAGGCCUCUCUUUUUGAGCAGGUUCAGAAAUUAAGACCAAGGAAUGAUCAGAAAGAGAAUGAGUUGAUUAUCUCUGUUCUGAGAAACAUGUAUGAAGAAAAACAGAAGGAUCAUGUUCACAUUUGGGAAGCAAAGCAGGCUUCACAGCCUUCUGGAGAGACUACUGGAAAUGAGAUGCCAAGCAGUGCUCCCAGGUUCAGACUAGAUAUGUUGAAGAGCAAAGCUAAACGGUCACUAACAGAAUCAUUAGAAAGUAUCUUGUCACGGGGUAGUAAAACCAAAGGUUCACUAGAAAGUUCUGGAAGUGUGGAUUUGGACAGCUCCUUAUCCAGUACAUUAAGCAGCACAAGUAAAGAACCAUCUUUGUGUGAAAAAGAAGGCCCACUUCCUCCAGAGACUCCUGCCAAGGCCAAUGGAUCUGUGGGAGAUCUCUCCAGUGACCCAGUUAGUCACCCCAUCGAACAGCCUGAUAAAUUACCUCAGCAAGGGUUUCGCCGGCGAGCAAACACAUUGAGUCACUUGCCUAUCGAAUGCCAGGAAUCUUUGGAACCAGUUGAAACAUCACCAUCUAUUCCACAAAGGAAACUUAUGAGGUAUCAUUCAGUGAGCACAGAGACCCCUCACAAGCGAAAUUUGAGCACAUCUGUUGGCGAGUCUGAAAGCUGUUCUGGUCAAUCUUCAGCUCCCUCUCCUCUAGCUCGUCUUAAUCCCUCAGCCUCUUCACCCACUUUUUUAAAAUAUCUAAAGCAUAAUUCAAGCAGAGAACAAUGUGGGCACAUUGCACAAAAGAGCACCUCCUACCGUACUGCACUACGGAAAAAGCUUCCUUCUUCCUCCUCUGUGCCAAAUUUCUUAAAAUUUCUGGCUCCUGUAGAUGAAAAUAACACCUCUGACUUUAGGAGAGCAAAAAGUGACUAUGAGUCUAAACAAAGCCAGCUGGAUGUUGGCAAUGACACCCCUGUAAGGACUCGCCGGCAUUCAUGGAGACAACAGAUAUUCCUUCGAGUGGCAACUCCACAGAAAGGAUGUGAUUCUCCCAGCCGAUAUGAUGAUUACUCUGAAUUGGGAGAUCUUCCACCCAGGUCCCCGUUAGAACCAGUUUGUGAAGAUGGCCCCUUUGGGCCAGUGAAAGAAGACAGGAAACGGACAACUCGGGAGCUUCGAGAACUGUGGCAGAAAGCCAUUCUUCAACAGAUACUGCUCCUCAGAAUGGAAAAGGAAAAUCAAAAGUUGCAAGCUUCUGAAAACAAUUUGCUGAACAGGCGUCUGAAACUUGAUUAUGAAGAAAUCACUCCGUGCUUGAAAGAUGUAACUUUGGUUUGGGAAAAAAUGCUGAGUACACCAGGAAGGUCAAAGACAAAAACUGACAUGGAAACAAUACAUUCUGCUGUUGGGCAAGGAGUACCACGUCAUCACCGGGGUGAGAUCUGGAAGUUUUUAGCAGAACAAUACCAUCUUAAACAUCAGUUUCCAAGUAAGCAGCAGCCAAAGGACACUCCCUACAAAGAACUCUUAAAACAAUUAACUUCCCAGCAACAUGCAAUACUUAUUGACCUUGGACGCACCUUUCCAACACAUCCUUAUUUCUCAGCACAACUGGGAGCUGGGCAGCUGUCACUCUACAAUAUUCUGAAGGCCUAUUCUCUUCUGGACCCGGAAGUAGGGUAUUGCCAGGGCCUGAGUUUUGUAGCAGGAGUUCUGCUGCUUCAUAUGACUGAAGAAGAUGCUUUUAAGAUGUUGAAGUUUCUUAUGUUUGACAUGGGCCUAAGGAAACAGUAUCGUCCCGACAUGACUAUUUUACAGAUCCAGAUGUAUCAACUUUCCAGACUUCUUCACGAUUACCACAGAGAUCUCUACAAUCACUUGGAGGAGCAUGAGAUUGGCCCUAGUCUCUAUGCUGCCCCCUGGUUUCUGACCAUGUUUGCCUCUCAGUUUCCCCUGGGAUUUGUUGCCAGAGUAUUCGAUAUGCUCUUUCUUCAGGGAUCAGAGGUUAUAUUUAAAGUGGCUUUAAGCCUGUUGGGAAGUCACAAACCCUUGAUUCUGCAACAUGAGAACUUAGAAACCAUAGUGGAUUUUAUUAAAAGCAUUCUCCCAAACCUGGGCUUGGUACAGAUGGAAAAGACCAUUAAUCAAGUGUUUGAAAUGGAUAUCGCCAAGCAGUUGCAAGCUUACGAAGUUGAAUACCAUGUGCUUCAGGAUGAGUUGCUAGAUUCGUCUCUCAAUGACAAUCAGAGAAUGGAUAAGUUGGAGAAGGCAAACACUAGUUUGAGAAAACAGAACUUUGAUCUACUGGAGGAGUUGCAGGUGGCAAAUGGAAAGAUCCAAAACCUAGAAGCUACAGUAGAAAUUUUACUGAACAACGAGUGCAAAUUGAAGCAAUCCAUUCUCACUCUAGAGCUGGAGAGGAAAGCUUUGCUGCAGACAGUGGAAGAUCUACGCAUGCAGACAGGCAGCCCAGGUGGAAAACAUCUACUUACCAGGCAAGAGUGCAUGGAUGCCAACUGACAGCUGCAAUUGGAAUGGAGCAGACAAGUUCCACAAAGGGAAGAACUGUUUUUUACUGUCAUCAUUGGGAUUUGACACCAUCAUCCUAGCAUUGUAGCCGAUUGAGGGAAUGGGAGUGUCUGCAAAAAUAUGAGAAGCACGUUUCUCAGGGAGGAGACUCUUGCUUGUUAACUUAUACAAUUCUUAUGAACUAUAAAAUAUGCAAUAUAACGAUGGGCAGGAAAAAUAUAUCUUUCACUAAAUAACAUAUGUACACUCCAGAUACAAUGUACUGUAAAUAUUUGCACUCAUGGACUCAUAAGUGCUUCUAAACCUAAGUGCUUCAUAUUGGUUACGUGUGUUCCUUUUUCUAUUUAGAAAACUCCACGUUAAAUAGCAUGUCCUGUAAAAGGCUGGAGAAUUACAGCAGUGAAGAGCUUCGGAACUGACUCUGCCUUUUUGGGGCUACACAGUAUUAGCAUUCACAGAUAGGUUUGUGAUCGUACUAGAUAGAUUUCUGAGGGUGUAAUUCCCCUGUGACUCGGCUGGGUUCCACUAGUCAUCUUAUUAAGGCCUCUAAUAACUGCUUUGUGUGCUUAAAGGUGUUAACUUAGCAGACCCUGGAGAGCUGGACUUGGUUGUACGUAACUAUAACUGUGGGGCAUUUUUCCAUCAGUUUUUAUAAAACAUACUGUUUUAAUACGUUUUGUUUUGACAUCCAUUGUUUUAGUACUGUUGAUUGACAUGAUCUGAUAAAUGUAUCAUUGAAGGUAACUGAAUUUUACUUUCCCAACAGAAUACACUGACCGUCAUGGUAGAGUCUGUCACUGUCACAGCAUUGUAAUGGAUUUAUCAUCAUACCUAAAGGGGUCAUUUUAUUUAUUUCUGAUCUGCUGUGUGAUGUCAGACAGCCUCUUUCAGGGAACCGAAUGCCUGCUGAUUUUUAGUUUCAUUUGAUACUCAGUGCCUAUCCACCCUUUGGAGAAGAACAAUGUUUAAGACUUUUUCUCCGAAAUGGUGGAGGCACUUCAAAGCUUGAUUUUGUGCCAGACAUACUUAAACUGCUUUAUAAAGGAUAUUGUGCUAAAGUAUGAAUUAGGACCGUGGUCUAUUUACAACGCCUCUUUUGAGAAAGAUUGCACAUUUUAAAAAGUACACUUUUCUGUAAAAUACAAUGAAAGUAGUUUUUUGGCCAGUUAAAGCACCACUUUUUCAACUACAGGUGCAGUAAUAUCUAAGGAGAUCCAGUUAACUUGUUGCUGUUUAAUUAGACUAAAGAGUACCACAAAUUUUUUCUUCCCCAAACUCAGUGUUACAGGUAUCAACUUGCUGCUAUAGCGGAGAUUACUAUUUCAGAUGUGAGUUUCCUAAAUUGUCAAUUUCUUAUUCUUAAAAUAUUAGGGCACAUUUAUUUCUCUAAUCCACAAUGUGGUGGAAGAUCUUUUAUCUUCAUGCAUGUUUCUCUAUGGUACAUCCUGCUUGCAGCUGUAAUGUGCAUCUCUGAUGCGAAUCAAAUCCCACCAUGUGGAUUAAAGUGGAGAAUUUGCUCUUUAAUUUCUAAACCACAGAUUGACUCCUGUAAUUUCUUAAAUGUGGCUGGUUCUCCAAAUCCACACUGUUUGCUUAGAGUCUAAAUUCCAUACAAGCCAGACAUUACAAAUCUCUUUACCUCUUGUGUUUUGUUUUUGAAUUGAGAAACCAUACAGAAGCUCACACUUCACAUUUUAAAAUCUCUUUACAUCGUACUCUUUUACAGUUGGAGGGCGAAGUUAUGUUGCAUUUGGACAUCUUGGAGCCAUUACUCAUACAUUGGCUUUUUACAUUAAACAAAAGAGCAACAGAGAAAAGUUAAUGAUCCAUGCCAAAAUUUAUGUUUGCACGUUUUGUUGCAUCUAAGAACAAAAACAAAGUUCUCUAUGUGAUAGUUCAGAAGCUAAUAUGUUAAGAGUUUCCCUGAGAUCACAGUAGGAUUUUUAAAUAGUUAUUAAUGAAAACUGAUGGACAUCAAACUUUUUUAGACACACUAAGAACCCCAGUUGUGAACUUGGGACCUGCGUCUGUAUCUCUUGGCUCAGGUUGUAUAUUUUUGGUAUGACUCAAGGAGUGCAGUAAUUUGGCUCGUGUUCUCCUUCUCUCCCAGUGUCAGUGGAGGAAAGCCUCUGGCCCAAAGAUUUUUUCAAGAAUAUAUUUUCCUUCGGACAAUAUGAUGCUGAGUUGAAAUGGGGGCUAGAAUAACUCUUCCCAGAGGAAAGUGUGGUCAGUAGGUAGGCAUCAGUUUUCAGUCUCAAGUGUCCACAUGUUUGUGACAGUUUGACUUUGCCAAGAAGCAGAGCUUUCCGGGGUGAAACCUGUCCAUUUACAAAUGCACCAGAUUUUGCUAAAGUUGCAACUACCCCACGUGACUGACACACUGAGGCCCUGGUCAUCCCCAGUACAGGAUCUGAGCAUUAAUGGGACAACUGCAUUAGGAUCUUCCCUUGCUUACAUGGAAUCAGAUGUGUGUGCUGUUUCUAUGGGAUCAUUUUCCUGCCUUUUCUGCCCUGUGCCACUAGAUCUCAAGGGGGGGCAGGAUGGAAAAGUGUGGAGUAAUGGAGGUGCCCUGCUCCAAGUCUCCAACCCUUGCAAAGCCCAGGUGUUUCCAUGCAUAAAUGAGAGAGAAGUAAUACAGCUUGUAUGACACCCCUGACACACACCUUCAGGUCCCCUCUGCUCCUGGCGACUCUAUCAAUAGCAGUACAGUUCUGUGUUGCCAGGGGGAGAGGAUCCUGAACUAUCCCUACAGGCUGGCUGCUGUAUCAGAACAGAAGGCAGCUCCCUUACCUGUAGUUAGCAGAUACUAGCGAGUUGGGAACCCAUAAAUCCAUGUCCUAGCCCGCAAAAGGGAAAAAUCCUCCCUCCCUCCCAAAGGAAUGGUCUAUGGAAAGCUGCAAGUUGAAGCUCACUGAAUUUUCUCCCCCUUGCCUCUCCCACAGGUGAUUAGUCUCUGUCCCUUCCCCCAUCCCCGCAAUGGUGCACAGAACAGGGGGAGAAAAAACAAAGGGGGAAAAGGAGAGCAACUUCCUAGGAUUCCCCAGGAGAUGGUCCCAAGAGUUCAUUCCCAUGCACAACUUGCGCCUUAAGAGGGGCUUUGCUGUCGUCGUUCUGUGAGUAAUGUAAGGGUACUGAUGAUGAACAGGAGAGGGGGUCAGCUACGGUAGAAGAGAGACUUGGCCUGUAACGUGGCAAGAGCUAAUCAUGCCAUCUGCGACAAGAAAGAGUCUGCUCCACUAGUGCUUUGCAGUCAACAGUGCCCGAUGGUCUGGCGUGUGGAAUGCCACCCUGCAAUAGCAGGCUUUCUUUUCCUUGUCACACAUAUGAGGACAUGCCGCUGCCCUCAUUCCUGGCUCGUUGGCAUGUCUAUACCUUGGCCCAUUUAUUUUUAAGAGAUCAUUAUAUAGAACCUGAGAAUAAUGAUGACACAGUGCCCGUCAUCUGAGGAAGUCGAUGCACUUUACAAAAGUGGGUAAGCAUUAUGAUUCCCCUUUAAUAUAGAGUGAGAAGUAAAUCACAAAGGAGUUGAGAGACUUAUCACAGGUUGCACAAUGUUUUAGUGGUAGUUCAAACUAAAAUCCAGAUCUUCUGAGUGCCAGACCUGCACUCUCAAACACUAAAUAAUUCUGCCCCUAGUUGGUUACUGCAAAAUCUCUGGCUUUCUCUGAUGUUACUGUGGUCUUCAGAACCAUGGUAUUUUCUUUUCACUUUCAAUUCCCCUUUUUCCUCCCCUCCCCCUCCAAAAUGUACACUCCACAAUGAGAGUGCUUCUUCACGCUUUCAAAGGAGGUGGAUAAAUCUUAGGCCAGAGUCUGUGUUGCAACUCUCAGGAGAGACAACACGGGAAGGCAGAGGGGAUCAACAGUGGCUUCAGCCUACCUGUGUGGCUCUCAGAUUCAAGCACUAAUUAGAGCAGUGUCUUGGGGCUGGUCUGACUACUAGCAGCUUCCUCAGACUUCCUAAUGCGCUAUUCUGCAGCCCAAAAUGUCCAGAGGACACGGUCCUGGAGCAGUACAAAAAGGGGCAGAGCACAGGCUGGAAUCUGACCCAGUGACUGUAAUUACACUCUUCUUCCAUUGAUCUCACAGCCCACACACCCUCAGAGCCUGAUGGGCAGGCGUAGUUCAGCUGGGAAGCUUGGCUCAUGGAGAAGAAUGGGAGCCUGAGGCACCAUGACUGUAUUUUCAUACUGGAGGUUUUGGGUCUUCGGUUUUUCAACACAAAGUUGAAAUUUUCCAUAGAAACCAAACAAUUCACAUUAAGAAUUUCAUUUAGUCAAAACCCAAUUUUCUGUCCAAAACCAGGUUUGAUGGAAAAUUUCUGACCCACCCUACUUAAUACGCUACAUUAAUGUAUGCGUCCCCAUCUCUGAGACACAUGUAGAUAUUACAGAACUGCUGGAGCAAUCUUUAAAAAAAAUUCUGCCCUAUUACAAUUGCAGAAUCUGAAUAUUGAACUAAAGUGUUGUUUGUUUACUGUAGUGGAAAUUAAGCUCUGUUUGUUUCAUUAGUGCUUGCUGCAUGGGGGCGUCUUGUGUUGGGCUGUGGGACUCAUUUGAAAAUGGGUGCUUUGGCAAAAAGGGUAUACCUUUAUUUGGGUGGUUGGGCCACUUUCCCUUUCUUGGAACAGAUUAAUAUUUGUUAAAUUGGUUCCGUUUCACAAGCUAUUGAGAGAUGAUGCAAAGAAGCCAUUGGCAAUGCGCAUCAACAAGAGUCUUGGACCUAAAAGACCUGGGAAGUGGCUGUGUAUUCCUGAGUGCUAUCUACUGGUACUUUAUCAAUUAACUCUUUACAGAUGUACAGACAUCUCUUUUAUAGAGCACUCCUGUAACACAGGCAAGGUGGUCUGGUGUCAGGAGGCAGAGUUGUAAUGGGCAGCAAAUCCUUUUGGCCUGAGGGUGAGAGAUUCUCUCCGUUUUUGCUAAGCAUUAGGAAUGAAUUGCUAGGUCUGGGCUAGAGAACUGGGAUGAGAGCAAGUUCCACAAAAGGAGAGAGAAUUUUGUAGAAUCCUACUUCUCUCAUUGGUCAGAGGAAAGAAUGGGGUAGAAGUGUGAGUUCCUUUGGGCAGGGAGAGCAGCUGGGGAGGUUGGGGUUCUACAAUGGUUUGUGUAUUGUAUUUGAAUAUUAGUGGCAAGAGUCCCGAGAACCCAGCAUGGGUGUUCUUUUAUGUUGCUUUCAAAUAGACAUCCAUUAAUUAAUGGAAGUUCUGUAGCUGGCUCGCGGGAGAAGAAUAAACAACAUUUUUACUUUAUAUGCAUACACCUUUCCCAUUCUUUUCAGCGCAUGUGUCAUGUCUGUUUGAAGACAAUUUCACCUUUACUGGAAUAAGAACAUCACAUCUGUCAAGUUUUAAGGCUACCCAGUAAUGGUCACCAUAUUCAACUGUUAACAAUUACACAUUUCUCCCCUUGAAUUUAAGAGACUUAAGACCAUUCCUGCGGGCCUUACAUAUGUGAGCAGUCCCGGGGCAGUACCAUUGUGAGUCACGGGAGUGAAGCUUUGCAUGAUCAUAUCCUGAACUUGAUUUCUGGCUUCUAGCUGUGUAAAUGAUUUCCAUAUAUAUUUUGUGUGUCUACAACAUAUAAAUGACUUGUAUUUUUAUAUCAAUGAACUUAAGUUUGCACAUUGCAGUUUUUACCCAGUAAAUUUAAUUUUUAAAUGUUAA